GGCAAAAACACGUGAUGCGCUUCGCGCCUUCAUGCGCUGAUCGCUGGAGUCAUGAUGGCCUGCGCUUGGACACGCUGGCUGCAGGUCGCGAUUCUGUGCCACCUGGCACCUGCAGAUCGCGUCUUCAGAUAUCGAUCAUACCGAGAGACACAUGACUUCUUCGAGGACCUUAAGCGUCGCUACCCUGACAUUGUGGAGAUUUGGUAUGCGCAGGACAUUUUCCCCGAGAUCCUCCCAGAGAAGAAGUCAUGGGGUACCUGCGAGGGCGAGCCUUGCAAGACUCUCAUUGUCCGCAUCGCCAACAAGCGCUUGCUCACCAACUCCACGCCAGAGGUUUUCUUCAGUGGAGCGCUGCAUGGGGACGAAAGGGUGGGCCCCCUGACAGUCACAGAGCUGGCGGCCUUCCUUUGCGAGCGCUACGCAACAAAUGAGCAGGUCCGGCGUCUAGUGGACUACCGGGCUACGUGGAUAAUGCCGAUGACUAACGCCCAUGGCUACGCGAACCGCCGCCGGGACGAGAACCAGAUGGACCCCAAUCGGGAUUUCCCUUACCUCCAGCAGCCAGACAGGUGCAUGAGGACCCAGACGGCACGCGCAGUGAACGAGCUGUUCCGCCGUCAUCUUUUCCAGUUCAUGAUCACUUUUCACGGCGGCAUGCGUGCGCUGACCUACGAGUGGGGAUCCAGGAAUCACAUGACGAAAAAAAGGACACGGUCCACAGAGCCUCCGGAUGAUACUGCCUUUCGAGAGGUGGGCGAAGCGAUCCAAGCCGCGGCCGGAAAGACGUUGACGCGGCGCUGGUUCUAUCCUUUAGGGAGGAUCAACGAUUUGGUCUAUCCGGUGGAAGGCGGCAUGGAAGACUGGUCCUACGCCGCAGGUUGGGAGAGCUCGCCCAUGCCCAUCACUGUAUGCCGGCCUAACACUUACGGCGGCUAUGCCGAGGAGCGGACAAAGUAUCGCCACAACAGCAUUAGCACCCUGGUGUAUUUGGCCGAGAUGGAUGACUACAAGACAGUGCCAGACAGCAAGCUUGGCCACAGCGAAGAAAUAUGGAGUCUGGGUGUUUCUCAGGGGCACGUGCCUCGCAAUUUACGUAUGUGUCUCAAGCUUAUCGAGCUCACUCGGCCCGAAGUGGUGGUGUUGCCGCCGAAGCUGCCUGCAGCCGUAGGCGCGGGCUCCUCCAUCUCUGUGGAGGUCUACGGCUUUGGCUGCCAUGAGAUGUCGGUCAGGCUGCUGGCAGUGCCGUCAAGUCUGCUGCUUCCAGGGUGUCAAGUGGAGGAUGCGCUCCAGGAGCAGGUCCUGGUGAGGUCCACCAAGCUGGCGGACAUGAAGUCCACGUGCCAGGGCCUCACGCUCUGGCAAGAGAAGCAGCACAUGGUGGCGCUGCAGGGUUCGCUUCCUGCCGGGCAGCUCUGCCUCCUCGUGGCGGCGGAGUUCGAUGCACGCUGGGCCCAGCAAAGCGCCCCGGACCCUCACGGCCCCCCGCGGUCCCACGCCGCUCGGAUGCGGCUGGAGGAGCGCUAUACCGCGCAGGCAAGCGAUGGACCCAUGAGAAUCGAGUCCAGGCGCACCAAGCUGUUUGCUGUGCAUCGCGAAGCCAUCAAUGCCCAGGCUGCCAUGGCGUCGCAGGAACCUGCGGCCUCUAGCCACGACGCGCUGGACAAUGAGGAAAAGGUUCCAAUGCCGGCAGUGCAGCCGGCAAAGGUGCAGAUUCCCAUCCCCACAACAGCGGCGCCCGCGAGCGAGGCGAGCUCCGCGACAUCCACAGCUGUGGCCCUCCACUUGUCAGAUCUGAAGGACGCUCCGACCAUGGACCUUGUAGCGGUCGCAGCCGUGUCGUUCCUACUGUCCUUUCUGGUGGGUUUGGCCCUGCUGGCCUGCCGGCGGCACGAGGCACACUCGGUGAAGGCGAACACCAAGGAUGCGCAGACAACUGCAGAGCUGGCGCGGAUAGUGGGGAAAUCUCCUCAUGUGGUGGAAUUGUAA